ACAUGACCGAGGUGAUGGACCCCUGGGUGACCCAGAUGAACUUCCCUGUGGUCAAGGUUUCCGUCACAGCAACUAAAGUCACAUUCACUCAACAACGAUUCCUCGUCUCGGGUGCAGAAGAUGCCAGUCAAGAUGUGGGCACAUACGGCUACAAGUGGACGAUUCCAAUCACGUUCACCGUCAGCAACAACAUUAACUUCACCGAAGAAUACGCUUACGACAACAUCCACUACAUGAAUGUUAAUGGAGAUCCCCUGGAGGUUGGUGUAGCUGUCCCACCUGACGGCUGGAUCAUCGUCAACAUACAGGAGUGUGGUUUCUACCGCGUCAACUACGAAGAUCAGAUCUGGGAAAACAUAAUAGACUUCAUGUCAACCAACCACGAGGUAAACUUGAUUAAGAAUGUGUCUCUACCGAAGGCAGGCCUGCUGGCUCAGUCUAUCGCCCUUAAGACAGUCAACUACCUCAGUAAGGAUCUGGAUUAUGCCCCUUGGCGAGCCUUCAGCCGGGAACUUGGCUACGUGGAAAACAUGUUAGAACGGACUCCAUUGUAUGGAAUGUUUCAGGUGUUCAUGAACAAAACAGUUGCCACUCCGUAUUCUUCCCUUGGAACCAACAUCACAGAGGACAUGCCGCCAGUAGACAAGAUUGAGAUUGCUCAGAUGGUGUCCAUGGCCUGUAACUAUGACUACCAAGAGUGUGUGGACACAGCUGUGAACAAUAUGGACAACUGGAUGGCCGGCCAGCCCAACAGCAUGUAUCCGGACCUGCGCAGUACGUACUAUUGCACAGCCGUGAGACACGGAGGACUGGAACACUGGCAGUUUGUAUAUGAGAAAUACCACACGGAGCAGAGUAGCUCUGAGAAGAGUAGACUGAGACGAGCCUUGUCUUGCACCACAGAAACCUGGCUGCUGCAGAGGUUGCUAGACAUGUCGGUCAACGCCAGCGAGGUCCGGCCCCAGGACGCUCGGACCACCAUCACCUAUGUGGCGAACAGCCCGUGGGGGCGUGACCUAGCCUGGAACUUCGUCACGUACAACUAUGCCCGUCUCACUGAAGUAAUUCAGUCCGUUUCCGGCGUGGGGAGACUUCUGCGUGAAAUCAGCGUCAAAUUCAACACUGAACAAGAAUACAAAAAGGUUCAAGACUUCAUGAACAGCGAUGAGGAUUUCUCUGGAGCUGGUUCAGCUUUCACUCAGGUACUGGACUCAACCAGGGCCAACAUUGAGUGGCUCAGAAAGAACUACGACACCUUCCAGAACUGGCUGCAGAUUCAGACAAGGAACUGAAACUCUCUUCAUCCGACGAUAGCCACUUAUCAUGAAGGCUGUUAUCACGGAAUGGAUGGGAACGAAAUUUGAGAUCUUCGUGAACUGGAUCGAAAAUUUGACAAGGAACUAAAAUUGUCUUAAU